AAUAUCGCAAAUCUCAUCAUCAGUUUCAUUCUACUUUCCUCGUGUUACAAACCCAAGCAACCACAACAUGAGAUUAUUUGUUGGAACCAUCCUCUUGACUAUAGCUUUAAGGAGUUCUGAGGCAGGAUUUGCAUCAAGCUACGGCGGCGAUGGCGGCCACGACAUUGGCGGCGGCGGCGGCGAUCUGGGCGGCGGCCACGACCUAGGCGGCCUGGGCGGCGGACACGAUCUCGGCGGUCACGGGCUUGAGCUCAGCGGCGGCGGCGGCGACGAGGGAGGCCACGGCGGCGGCUUCGACUUCGGCGGCCUCGACGGCGGCUCCGAGCACCACCACAUCCCGACCAAAACCAUCGAGCACACCAAGCCGGUGCACAUUCCGGUGGUCAAGAAGAUCGGCGUUCCGGUACCACACCCGGUCGGAGUGCCGGUGCCGCAAGUAAUCAAAGUACCCGUACCGCAACCGUACCCGGUCCAUGUGCCGGUGCCACAGCCGAUCGCCGUGCCAAUUUACAAGCUAGUCCCGCAGGAGAUCGAGAAGAAAGUACCCAUCACCGUUGAGAAGCUGGUACCGGUCCACGUUGAGAAGCCGUACAAGAUCGUGAUCGAGAAGCAUCAUCCCGUGCACGUUGACAAGCCUUAUCCAGUACAUGUUCCCGUUUACAAGCACGUCUACCACCACGUCCCCAAACACGGAGGUGGCGGCGGCGGUGACGGUGGUAAAGGAGGAUGGCAUUAAGCAAUCACUUCAUUUAGUCAAGAUUUUCAUGAAGUCAUCAUCAUCUCAUCAAUCAAAUCAUCCCUAUUUAGUUAUUGUUAUUGCCUUUUUUACUUGUUGUUAUUUU